CUCAGUCCCGGAGUCACACGUUAGUCUUAACCCAACUUUGUUCAAUAUAUUUCAUGAUCUGUGAGAAUCAUUGUAACUUGUAGAUAAAAGAAUAAUUCUUACUAUAAUUUGUCAGUUGUCGGUGUUCUUUAAAAAUUAUCUUAAAAUAUGGCAGACGAGAUCCAAAAGAAGCUUCAAGCAGAACUCGAAAAAUUCAAGCUCGUUGAAAAAGAUUUCCACAAAGCUCUUGCUCAAAGACAACAACUGGAUGGUCAACUUAAUGAAAAUACAGCUGUCAAACAGGAACUGGAUCUCCUAAAGUCCGGUAACGACGUCUUCAAAUUGAUAGGCCCUGUCUUGGUCAAGCAAGACUUGGAUGAAGCCAAACAGAACGUUGUCAAACGAAUGGAGUACAUCUCCGCCGAACUAAAACGGACAGAAGAUCUGAUAGCAAGGUUGGACAAGAAGCAAGAUUCACACCGAGAGAAUCUGGCUAAACUUCAACAAUCUUUCCAACAGGCACAAGUUAAAGCAGCUAUGAAAGCCUAAAAUUUAUCGGACCUCUAAAAUAUUUGUUAAUAAUCUAUACUAAUUAAUUUCGAUUCACGAUGUGAGAUUAUUUUGUCACCGAACCCAUUACGUAAUACACUGUAAUUCUCAUUCAUAUUUUUAAUUAAAAACAUUAAUUAUUUAACAUUUAAA